ACACACUCACUCACUCACUCAUGACACAUCCGCUCUCAUCCCACCUUAUAUCGCUAUAUAUACUCUCACAAGUCACAACCCAUAACCCCUAUUACCCUAUACCCAAACAAUAAGCUAAGAAAAGCACAUUGUUAGCCAUAAUGAAACUCCUUCACUUCACUCCCCUCUUCAUUCUCCUUCUCCAACUCUUCUUCCUCACCCGACUCGGCCUCGGCCAACCCGAUAAUUCUUGUAACUUCCCAGAAGACAAGGGCUCAACCCUAAAAGUGUUCCAUGUAUCAAGCCCAUGUUCACCAUUUAAGCCAAAGAAAAUGUCAUGGGAAGAAAGUGUAAUCCAAAUGUUUAUGGAGGACAAGGCCCGAUCACAAUACUUGUCGAGCCUCGUUGCACGGAAAUCAAUAGCUCCUGUAGCGUGGGCUCGGCAGCUGAUCCAAAGCCCAACCUACAUUGUAAGGGUGAAUGUUGGGACACCUGCUCAAACAUUUCUUAUGGCUUUAGAUACAAGCAAUGAUGUUGCUUGGUUGCCUUGUAAUGGUUGUGUUGGUUGCGGUCCAUCCCUUUUCUCAUCCGAUCAAUCUAACUCUUUUAAGCCUGUUUCUUGUGGCACUUCCCACUGUGCGCAGGUAACAAACCCUGUUUGUGUUCAUAAAAUAUGCACCUUCAACCAAACCUAUGGAGGAUCCACCCUAGCGGCCACUCUCUCACAAGACACCGUGGCCCUAGCCCGAGACCCUAUCCCACACUUGGUGUUUGGAUGCAUUAAAAAGACAACCGGGUCAUCGGUUCCACCACAAGGGCUAUUAGGCCUUGGACGAGGCCCAUUAUCGCUCCUUUCGCAGACCCAAAGCCUAUAUCGAUCCACAUUUUCUUACUGCUUGCCUAGCUUUAGGUCAUCCAACUUUUCAGGUUCGUUGAAGCUUGGCCCGGUAGCCCAGCCUAAAAAGAUCCAUUACACACCAUUGCUUAAGAACCCAAGGAGACCUUCCCUGUACUAUGUUAAUUUGGUUGGAAUCAAAGUGGGCAGAAAAACCUUAAGCAUUCCACCUGCUGCUUUGGCCUUCAAUCCUACCACCGGAGCUGGCACCAUUAUUGAUUCAGGUACGGUGUACACCCGGCUAGCACUACCAGCAUACACGGCAUUGCGCGACGAGUUCAGGCAUCAAAUGAGGAAGGCGAACGUGACAUCCCUAGGUGGAUUUGAUACAUGCUAUAGCGUUCCAGUAACUGUAUCAUCCAUAACAUUCCUUUUCCAAGACAUGAAAUUGACAAUGGACCAAGACAACUUCCUGCUUCGCAGUGCGUCCACCAGCAUCUCGUGCCUGGCUAUUGCAGCCUCCCCGGACAAUGUUAACUCCUCCCUCAAUAUCGUUGCUAGCAUGCAACAGCAGAACCACAGGGUCGUCUAUGAUAUCCCCAACAAUAGGAUUGGCAUUUCUCAUGAGUUAUGUACUUAGAUUCAUUUUUAAGGUAAUAUAUUGGGGUUUGUUAAUGUAUUAUUAGUACAACCUAAGUGUCAUUAUCAAAUAAUGUCCCUGACUUUAAAGCUCUUGAUUUUCUUUCUUAAUCAAUCUUGUGGAUUUGCCGGGAAACAGAUUGUUUGAAAGAUUUGUUUUAUCA